CUUUUCCUUUUGGGAAUGAAGAGAAAAGCUUAAAAUUAUCAAAGAGGGAGAAAGGGAAAAGUAAAAGAUUUUAAAAAGGGGCCCAUCUCUAUCAUGCGCCGUUGCCCUAUUAUUUCUCUAGUGUCGUCUUAAAAGAAUUCCUCGCCGAUCACUCUCUUCUGCUUCUGCUGCUGUCAUCUUCUCUCUCGUUCUUUUCAUAUGAACCUCUCGCUUUUUCUUAUUUAUUAUAUUAUUUUCUCUCUUUUUUCUUUUUAAUUUUUUCCUCUCUUGGUGGGUUUUUCUAUUACUCGUUCAUAUCUCUCCUCUCUUCUUUCUCUCUCUAUUUCUCUCUCUUCUGUUGAGCUGACGAUCGGAAAUGCCGGGGCCGCCAAUUUGUCGAUAUGGGAUUGACUGUUGAAUCGCCGGAAAUAUCUUAAAGAGUUUCAGAUCUGCAAAUCUUUUUCAGGUAGUUGAAAUGCUGGUGGUGUGUCGCAUGAUGGAGAAAAUUUAGAAAUUUUUCUUCAGUGCCCUGAUGAGAAGAACUGAUGUUAUUGGCAGUCGAAGGAGGAGGGUUCUUCUCUUCUUCAGCUUCCGGAUAUAGCAAGGGGCUGACCCUUCUUCUGUUGGGUCAGAAGAACGAAGAAAGACCCAUGAGAGUGUCACCGUGGAAUCAAUACCAGUUGGUGGAGCAAGAAAUUGAUUCUGACCUCCAGCUGGCUUCCAGGAAGAAUCGGGUGUCCCGCGGAUGCGCUGCCUUUGUUUGCUUUGGUCGCGCUUCCGCAGGACUCGAGGGCCCCUCCCCGCCCAAAGUGGGUCCUGUCCAGCAGCAGGAUAUCGUGGCAGUGUCUCCUGCUGUUUCUGACAAGAAUGAGGAUUGUCUCUCUCAUCACGGGGAUGAUAAAAGUAUAAAAAAAGUUCGUCUCAAGAGCAGCUUAAAGAUGUCUUCCAAUUACACUACAAAUCAAUUAGCUAGUGGGGAGGGUAAUUUUCAUGAGACAUCAAAUGAAACAGUUAGUGAGGUACCUGGUAAUGAGAGGAGGAAAGUGCAGUGGACAGAUGCACAUGGGAAAGAACUUGUUGAGAUCAGGGAGUUUGAACUCAGUGAUGUAGGUUUAACAGAUGAGGAAUUAGAAGCUGAAAAUGAACGGAGCUGUGCAUGUGUGAUUAUGUAGUUUGGGCCAGGGAGCAACCGGAUUAGACCCCGCCAUCUUACUAGCCAACAGAGCUGAAGGUCAGGACCAGUGUAAAGGCAACAAUGUAUCAGAUGGAUGAGAAUGACCACUAACAGAGCCCUUUCACUUCUUCCCCUUGUACUUUGUCUAGCCCUGCUGAUUUCCAGGAGAGGAAAAGUGGGUCUGUUUCAGAUUGAUCAAGAGUCGGCAUCCUUUUCCAUGAUUGAGAUUUCAAUUUUGUCUGUCUAGCUUAUACAUGCUUUCCUGUCAAGUAUAUAAAGUGAUGCCCUUGUCAUUGUUUCAUGGUAAUUAAAAUGUGUGUAUUUUUUCCUUUUGGAACUUGGGUUUUGAUGGGCUCUCUCUCAUUUGUUAUUUUCCGGGGUAAUGUCCAUAUCAUAUAUACAGAUAAAGUUUUUCACCAAA